UAUAAGUCCCAUGUUGUCUUAUUAAUCCAACAAAACUGAACCCUGAAAAGCUGUAGAUCGUUGUACAAGAGAACAAUGAGAAGAAAAAUUGAAGAGUUCACCUUUCUCCUUGUGUUGACGUCUUUGUUAAUCACCACAACAUUUUCAAACGCAAUGGAUGUAAUAAAUACAACUCACAUGAUUACAGAUGGGCACACAUUGAUCUCUUCAGACGGAAGCUUCGAGCUGGGAUUUUUCAGCCCGGCUAAUUCCAAGAAUCGAUACGUAGGGAUAUGGUACAAGAAAGUAACUGCCUUCACCGUGGUUUGGGUUGCCAACAGAGAUAAUCCUCUCACAAACACAUCCGGGGCAGUACUGAAGGUCAUUGAGCCAGGGAUUUUGGCUCUUCUCAAUGGCAGUAACUCCAUGAUAUGGUCGUCCAAUACGUCUGGAGUUGCUCGAACCCCAGUUGCGCAAUUGCUGGACUCAGGAAAUCUUGUUGUCAAAGAAGCAAAUGAUGAUAACUCAGACAAGUAUCUGUGGCAGAGUUUUGAUUACCCAACUGAUACACUUUUACCUGGUAUGAAGUUAGGCCGGAACUUUGUAACUGGUUACGAAACUUACAUCACGGCAUGGAAAAGCAGUGAAGAUCCAGGGACCGGAGAUUAUGCGUACCACCUUGAUCCUACGGGAUAUCCUCAAGCAGUUCUCACCAGGCGUUCUGUUGAGCUGUUUAGAUCAGGACCCUGGAAUGGAGUGGGGUACAGUGGGCUGCCUUCCCUGAAAAACAAUUCAAUUUACACAUUUGAGUUAGUUUUUAAUAAGAAUGAGGCCUACUAUCACUACGAGCUCCUUAACAAAUCCGUGUUUUCAAGGUUAUCAGUAAACCAAAGCGGUGUCGCACAGCGCUGGACUUGGGUUGACCGAACUCAAGGUUGGAUUAUGCACCUGACAGCACCAGUAGAUAAUUGUGAUUCUUAUAAACAGUGUGGGGCAUAUGGGACUUGCAAUAUCUAUGAUUCUCCAAUAUGUGGAUGUUUAACGAAAUUUAUUCCAAGAAAUCCAGACGAAUGGAUGGCAGCAGACUGGUCCGAUGGGUGUGUCCGAAGGGCACCGUUGGAUUGCAGAAGUGAUGGCUUCCAGAAAUAUACAGACAUUAAAUUGCCUGACACAAAGUAUUCAUGGUUUAAUACGAGUAUGACUCUGGAAGAAUGCCAAGUCGAGUACAUAAAGGAUUGCAACUGUACCGCUUACACAAACUUAGAUAUAAGAAGAGGGGGGAGUGGAUGUUUGCUUUGGUUCGGAGACCUGGUUGACAUCAAAGUGGUGUAUGGAGCAGGACAAGAUCUUUACAUUAGAGUCGCUUCUUCUGAAGUAGAUUCGAACGGGGAGAAAAGAAAAACACUUAUUGCAGUUUUGACAUCAUUGGCAGGGAUUAGUCUGCUUGGUCUGAGCCUGAUAUUGUUUAUUUGGAAGAUGAAGAAGAAUUACGAAAACAUGCGAAAACAAGGGCAUCGAGAAGGUCAAGAGGAAGACUUAGAGCUACCUACAUUUGACUUAUUGGCAAUAACUAGAGCAACCAAUAGUUUUGCAACCAGCUACAAGCUUGGGGAAGGCGGAUUUGGACCUGUUUACAGGGGAAUGCUGGAAGACGGAAAGGAAAUUGCUGUUAAACGGCUGUCAAGAACUUCCCUGCAAGGACUUGAUGAGUUCAAGAAUGAAGUCAUCUGUAUCGCCAACCUUCAACAUCGGAAUCUUGUUAGGCUUUUAGGAUGCUGCAUUCAAGGAGAGGAAAAGAUGCUGAUUUAUGAGUACAUGCCUAACGGAAGCCUGGACUUGAUCCUAUUUGAUAAAAGAAAAAGUAAGCAGCUCGAUUGGCCUAAGCGCUUCCAUAUUAUCAAUGGUAUUGCUAGGGGACUCUUGUAUCUCCAUCAAGAUUCUCUGCUGAGGAUUAUCCAUAGGGACCUCAAAGCUAGUAACAUAUUGUUGGAUGCUGACAUGAACCCUAAGAUAUCGGACUUUGGCAUGGCCAGAAGUUUUGCAGGGAAUGAGACUGAAGCCAACACAAUGCGAGUAGUUGGAACAUAUGGUUAUAUGUCACCAGAAUACGCUAUAGACGGCUUGUUCUCAGUAAAAUCGGAUGUAUAUAGCUUUGGCGUUUUAGUGCUAGAAAUAGUGAGUGGCCAGAAAAACAGAGGAUUUCGUCACAAGGAUCACCAACACAACCUUCUUGGACAUGCAUGGAUGCAACACAAAGAAAGACGGUCCAUGGAUCUGGUCGACGUGAAUCUAGUAGGCUCCUUUACCUUCUCUGAAGUAGUACGAUCAAUUCAUGUGGCUCUAUUGUGUGUCCAACAAAGCCCAGAAGACAGGCCAAGCAUGUCUUCAGUGGUUCUGAUGCUGGGCAGUGAAGGAACUCUGCCGCAACCCAAACAGCCUGGUUUUUUCACGGAAAGAGAUGUUUUUGCUGCUGAAAGUACAACCAGCACCAAAGCAAGCUCAUCAAAUAAUGUUACCAUCACGCUAUUAGAUGCUAGGUAGAUUCUCAUCACGGUUCAACUAUUUUUAUUUAUACCAUAACCAACGCAAGUAUCUUCACUCUUCCGAACUUAUUUUUCAGGAUAAAAUUACUUGAACUCUCCUGAAAUUUUUAUAAUUAUAAAUACUCUCUCCUUGAAAAAUUACAAAU